AUGCCACGUAAAUACAAAGAUUUUACCACGGCUGAAGAGUUUGAAGCAUUCGUCAAUGAUUUUGAAUGGUCAGAAAGUGAAAUUGGCGAUAUAUCAGAUUAUGACGACGACAGUCUAGACGAUCCCGAUUUCAAUAUAGUGACAAAUAAUGAUGCGAAUAUCACUGAUCAGUUGGAAGAUGGUGUGUUCGAAAAUGGGAACGAAUUAGAUGCUGAACAAGUUUUAAGAAAAGAUGCCGAGGAAUUCACCAAGCUAUUGGCCGAGGCAACUAGGAAGAGAGUUAAAGAUGCCUUGGUUAGGGCCAAAGCUGAAUUGGAUCGGGAAAUUGUGAAUUUGGAAAUGAAGGAAAAACAGGCGGCAGAACGUAAAGAAACCGGACCAAAAAGAUUCUAUGUCGAACUAAAUGAAUACGGAUGGGAUCAAAGUGAGAAAUUUGUCAAACUAUUUGUAACAUUGGAGGGCAUCCAAAAUAUCGAUGAAUCAGACGUAGUUGUUAAUUUCACCGACAAUUCAAUGAACCUGAAUGUCAACAAUUUCAAUGGCAAGGAUUAUGUGCUGAUUGUAAACAAUUUACUGCAUCCCAUUGACAUACCCAAGAGCUAUCGCAAGAUUAAGACUGGCAUGAUCAUAAUUUAUCUGAAGAAAAAAUUGGAAGGUCAGCACUGGGCCUGCUUGACAUCAAUCGAGAAACGUCUCAAAGAUCAGGCCGACUCCGAGCUGAAACAAUGCAGUGAAAAUCCUUCAGAUGCCUUGGUUAAUAUCAUGAAGAAAAUGUACAACCAGGGUGAUUCGAAGACCAAACAAAUGAUUGCCAAGGCUUGGACUGAAAGUCAAGAAAAGGUUCACAAGGGUGAAUAUAAUCCAAUGGAACCGUCAUUGAGUUAA